GCCUCUUGUGCCUCAGAUUGUGGGAAGGCCUCAGGCCCCAUCUUUGCAAUAUAUUUAAAGCAGAAACAUGCCGCUUUAAUCAGGCAUGACUUUCUCUAAAGAAUCCUGGGAACUGUAGUUUGCUAAGGGUGCUGAGAGUUUUUAGGAAUGUUCUCCUCAAGUGUCAAUUCCCAAAGUUUCCUGACAAGAGGGAUUGAUUAUUCAGCUACUCUGAGAAUUGUGUAGGUGGGCUCAGGCAUGACCGAAGACCAUAACAGUAGCUGCUACUAGGACCUUGUUAGGCAGGUUUUCACACAUGUUUCUUUAAUUGUAUUUUAAGGCUAGUUCCUCAUUAAAGUUGAGGAGUCACCUGUUAAGCUGUGUUAACUCAUGAGUAGGUAAUUUCACUCCCACAGAAGGCCUCAGUUUGGGGUUUUUGAAGUGAGUACCGUUUAUGCAUUCACUUACGCUGAGGAAAGAAAAUGUGCCACAGCUUUAGAUUUCAUCUUUGAAGUUUGUCAGCCUGGGAUCAGAUGAGGAAGGAGGGAAGUGUGGUGGUUCAUGGAGCCGAUGGUACCCUGUCAAGACAGAUGGCAAACAUUAAAGGGCAAAAAAAGAGGCAAACUUAUUUGCUACUGCCAGUGCGUUCUCCGGUGAAUCCUUCUUGGCAGGCAUCAUUGGAGCUCAGCCCUGGCUGUUUUCCCUUCAUUGCACCAGCAACUACUGGGGGUACAGCUGUCAAAUCUUUCCCAGAUGCUCUGCUAUGACACGAAGGCCUGGUCAUGUUCAGUCCUUUGUCCUGCGAGUUUUGUCUGUUGUCCUCUUGGCUUCAUCUCUGAGGAGCUUCCAGACUAAAAGACAUGGGUAGGGAACGCAGCCUGAGAAGGGAAGAGAGGAGAUGGAUGCUGGAAUCCAGCAGCCUGGAAAAUCAUCAGCAGGGAGUGGGGGCGGUGGUGGUAUUAGUCCUCCCGCUCCUUCAAGAACCUUGCUCUGUUCUGCAGUGUGUUGGCUCCAGAGGCAGGCAGCAGCAUCUUUCCACAUAAAACAUUAGCUGAUAGGUUGCAAGCAGCUCGGACUUAUUUAGCGGAUGGGUUGCAAGCAGCUUGGACUGCUCCCCUUUAAAUGCGCACACACCACACACACACACACACACACUGGUAAUCUCAUCACUAGCUCUGUGUGUGUGUGUAAGAGAGAGAGAGAGAGAGAAAGGGAAGGGGGAGGGCUUUGUUUCCAUUGGCUGCUCCUUGCCUUCCCACCCACAUCUCUUCCACAUCACCUUGGUGUCUCCCUAAAUAAAACCAGCCCUCCUUAUCGCAGCGAGGAAAUCAAGCGGUAGAGUUGCAAUGGAUUUUAAAUAAACAUUUUACCCCCCCUCCCCACACACACUGUCCCUGCCAGGCUGCUGGGGAGAGCACGCAGCAAGCACCUUCCCCACUGCCACCCAAACACUCACAUGCAGCUGCCCUGCUUGCUGGCUGCUUCUGUUGCCUCUUUCACCCCAUGAGGGAAAGCUGGAGCGCACGAGAAACUGGCUGCAGUCAGAGGAGGGAAGUGGCACCUUCAUGACCAAUCCUUUCUCCAUGGAUUUAAAGGAGAGCACCAGCGAGGGAAGCCUGGGGAGCCUCCAGCCCUCCAGCCUCCAGAUCUUUGCCAACACCUCAACCCUCCAUGGAAUCCGCCACAUCUUUGUCUAUGGACCUAUGACUGUGCGGCGGGCCCUGUGGGCUCUGGUGUUUGUGGCUUCCCUGGGCCUCCUCCUGGUGGAGAGCUCAGAGCGGCUGGUCUACUACUUCUCCUACCAGCAUGUCACCAGAGUGGAUGAAGUCGUUGCCCACAGCCUGGUCUUCCCAGCUGUCACCAUCUGCAACCUCAACGGGUUCCGCUUCUCCCGCCUCACUACCAAUGACCUGUACCAUGCUGGUGACCUAUUGGCCUUGUUGGACGUCAACCUCCAGGUCCUUCACCCUCAUCUCGCUGACCCAGCAGUCCUGGCCAUCCUGCGAGAGAAGGCCAAUUUCCAGCAUCACCGAGCCAAAGUCUUCAGCAUGAGUGAGUUCAUGGGGCGUGUGGGCCAUGACAUGAAGGAGAUGUUGUUAUACUGCAAGUUCCGGGGGCAGGAGUGCGGCGAGAAGAACUUCACAACUGUGUUUACGAAAUAUGGGAAGUGCUACAUGUUUAACUCAGGAGAAGAUGGGCAUCCUCUGUUGACCACAUUCAAGGGUGGGACAGGCAAUGGCCUGGAGAUAAUGCUGGACAUUCAGCAGGAUGAGUACUUGCCAAUAUGGGGAGAAACAGAUGAAACAACAUUUGAAGCAGGAGUCAAAGUCCAGAUCCACAGUCAGUCUGAGCCGCCGUUUGUUCAGGAACUUGGGUUUGGCGUGGCGCCUGGGUUCCAGACUUUUGUAGCCACGCAAGAGCAAAGACUGACGUACCUUCCACCUCCAUGGGGUGAGUGCCGCUCCUCAGACUUUGGCCUGGACUUCUUUCCCAUCUACAGCAUCACUGCGUGCAGGAUAGAUUGUGAGACCCGCUACGUGGUGGAAAACUGCAACUGCAGAAUGGUCCACAUGCCAGGAGAUGCUCCGUUCUGCACGCCAGAGCAGUAUAAAGAGUGUGCAGAGCCUGCGCUAGUGGUUCUUGGUGAAAAGGACAGCAGUUACUGUGUGUGCCAAACGCCGUGCAAUUUGACGCGCUACAACAAGGAACUCUCCAUGGUGAAGAUCCCCAGCAAGACCUCGGCCAAGUACCUUGAGAAAAAGUUCAACAAGUCAGAGAAAUACAUCUCGGAGAAUAUUCUUGUGCUCGAUAUAUUCUUUGAAGCCCUCAACUAUGAGACCAUUGAGCAGAAGAAAGCAUAUGAAGUGGCAGCUUUACUUGGUGAUAUUGGAGGUCAGAUGGGCCUUUUUAUUGGUGCUAGUAUCCUCACCAUUCUGGAAAUAUUUGACUACAUCUAUGAGCUGAUCAAGGAGAAGUUGUUAGAUCUUCUUGGCCAGGAAGAGGAGGAAGGAAGCCACGAUGAGAAUGUGAGCACAUGCGAGCCCUUGCCAAACCACUCCGAUCCCAUCAGCCACACUGUGACGGUCCCCCUGCAGACGACCCUGGGCACGCUGGACGAGAUUGCGUGCUGACAGCAGCCCCUCGGCACCGUGGAUAUCCAGAUGGCAGAAACUCUUACCCCCCCCCCUCUGCCCCCCACCCCCGGAAGCCAGGGAAUCUUGCUCAGGUUCGCCGCACAGGGUGGGUUGGGGUGUGGAUGACCACGGAGGAAUUUGCUAUGCAUCCAACUCUUCUCUUUCUCUUCUUGCCAAAAUCCAGCGAGAGGCGCUUUGGACUCAGUCGCGUCCCUCUGUCCACGUAGGGAGGGGAGGAGGAGGAGGAGGGUGUGCGAAGGGGCAGGGCAGGGUUGUCUUCGCCAGCGGACGCCGCGCCUCGGUUUUUUGUGGUUUUAUUUUUUGAACUGUACAAAUCCGACAACCAAGGAACCGUCAUUUCAUAAACUGCCAAUGACUGUACAAAAGAAGCCUGCAUGCCAGUCUUUUUGAUGGCAAUAUCUCCCCCACUUUCUUCUUUCUUUACAAGCCGUGUCUUAACAGCUGUUACUUUUUUUUCCACGACAAAAGAGUAGGCCACGGCACAGAAGUCCCCUACCCCUCCCCGUCUGUCCCGUCCCGUCCUGUCUCCCCGCCCAAUUACAUGACACCACAGGCUGAGUUAGGAACAACCAAAGGCCUGACCGACCUUCAAAAAGCCACUGUUCCUUUUGUCUCGUCUCAAUCUGUGAAAGGGUCUCGGAGCCCUGCUUGAGAUCCUUUAUUUGGACCCGGUCACCGGCCACCAAGGUGAGCAGGUUCAGCUACAAAAUGGCUCCCCUCAUCUUACCGCUGCAGACCGCCCCACCCCACCCCCCUACACACAGGCACCCACAAACACACCAGCCCCAUUGGCACUCGUAAGCCACAGCUUCCGUCUUGUUCAGAUUGGUGUGUUAAUACAACAUGUGUGUCUCAGGGCUGAGGGUGGGCGUGGGGGAGACUGUGUUCAAUCAACAUUCUGACCUACCCUGCUUCCUCAUUCUAUUAAAGGUGGUCUUGUGGAAGGGG